AUGACUUUCCCUCCGAAACAUUGCGUGGCAAGGUCUUAUCUGAAGUUUACUAGAUCUCCUCGAAAUUGCAAAGAACUGCGGGACCAAGGGACUUUCCUCAGUGGGUGGCACAAAAUAUAUCCAGAUGGAGAGAAACCAUUUACAGUCUUGUGUGACAUGGAUACAGAUGGAGGAGGGUGGAUUGUUUUCCAGAGACGGUAUGAUGGCAGUGUGAAUUUUUUCAGAGAGUGGAAAGACUACAAGCAAGGGUUUGGAAACCAACUAAGUGAAUUCUGGCUGGGAAAUGAUAAUAUUCACCGCCUUACUUCUACAGGAACCCAUCAGCUUCGAGUUAAUCUGACAGAUUUUGCUUUCGUCACAUAUGCUUUGUUUGCUGUAUCGGGAGAAGGUGACAAUUAUAAGCUGAGAAUUGGCGCUUUCACUGGAGGCAGUACAGGUGACUCUCUCUCUUCUCACAACAAUCGUCCUUUCACAACCAAAGACAGAGACAAUGAUGAAUCUUCACAAAACUGUGCGGUGCUAUAUAAAGGUGCUUGGUGGUACGGAAGCUGCCAUAACUCCAAUCUGAACGGGCAGUAUCUGAGAGGAAAACACGCCAGCUACGCGGAUGGAGUUACUUGGUCCAGUGGAAAAGACUAUUAUUAUUCCUAUAAAAUAACGGAAAUGAAGUUCAGACCAGUUUAA